CGCACUCAAACCCAUUCUAUCGUUGGGAUUAACACUUUAGCUCCGUUCGAUAGAAGACGGAAUUUUCGUACCGCGCGGUGAUGCUGAUCAAUCAUCUUCGCUACUUUAUUCUGUUCGGCGUCUUCGUACCUCGUCGUUUCGCAGGAUCGACGACGUCGAUGACGUUUCCGAACAAUUCGCUUGUAAGAUCCGGGAGGGACGUUGGAAUUAAGUAUCUGGUAUUUCCUCAAGGCAGCAACGUUCAACUCGUCUACUGUCUAACCAUGAGCACGUUUUCGAAGCCCCAAGGAAUGUUUACCAUCGGUGUUACCGCCGGCUUGGCGUGGGAACUACCCUAUAGAAAUACCGUGCUGUACGGGAAGCCAGCCGAGGUUUAUCAUCGUCGGAGCAGAAGAGAGCUGUACCGUAAAGUGGAGCUAAUGCUAAGAACCCAGGGGAAGGAUGGCAAAGCUUGCGUUCUCAAGGCGAUCUGCAAGGCAGCCGGGCGUAAGCGCGAGGACAUCGGCAGGGGGAGCUUUCUCGAUGAAAUCCUACACGCUAUAUUCACUCUGCCUGGAGGAUUGUACGACAUCGAUCCGAUGACCGAGUACGACCGAACGUAUCAUUUGGGUGAAAAUUGCAACGAGGCGUACGCCAAGUGUCUAGGUGUCUUUUGAAUUGCCGCAAUCAAGCGUAAUCGUCUCACGCAAGCACGAGCAGCUAUUACAAAGAACUCGCUUUCCCGGCAUUUCAGAUGAUUAGAGCGCU